AUGUCGCAAAUACGAAAGGAGAGUAAAGAAAAGGAUGUAAAUCUAAGCACCGAAAUGCCAACCACAACACAAGUAUCACCAAGUGCCGACUCUUCAAGAAGGUUUGAAAAUCCUUCGUACUUUCGUGGAACUCAAGAUCAAAUUACGGGAUCAGUCAAGGAAAGUAUCGGGAAACUUAUAGGAAAUGAAGGUUUGGAAGACCGUGGUAAAUUUCAAAAACAAAAAGGUCAACGUGAAAUUAUUAAUGUCAAGUGCGGUAAUGAUAAAUAUGAUGAACUCAAUAUUUAUGAAGAUUGGAAUUAA